CUUCCACACUUUUUUUUUUUCUUUCCCACAUACCGCGGGCGACAGCAUGGCAGAUGAUGGCAGUGGUGGGGCUGAACCAUCGAGACGCAGGCUGGGCACCGCUGGUGCAGACAAAGGGAAAGGCCAUGUGUUAGAUGAUACUGACAGGCCUUCCUCAAGCAAGACGGCGCAGUCCACCACGACGGCCGUCAACAAGGAUGCAACACCAGGCACUGACCCUGCUCUCUUUCAACCCCAGGGCGACAAGGCACAUGAGAAGCUGCUGAAGAGGAGUUCAGUGUGGCAGUGUGUUGAACAGGGACAAGAGGCAUUGCCGGCAGGCCGUGGGGAGUACUGGCUCAGGUGCCGCCUAUGCUCCACCAUCUUCAGGGGCUCGUCGACGAAGGCGGUUCAUCAUUUCCUGAAACCGCAGAAACCGUGUACUUUUCGGACAGGGGAGAUCGUCGAUGAGCUUGUCAGCAACCAGCAUGGCAAGGUGAAGGGACUAGCCAGGUGUGCAGAGGGGGGUGAGGAGCAUGUGCAGAGUGGACCUGAUGCUGAGGAUCCUUUGUCUGAGGCAGUGCCACCACCUCUACUGGGGAGGUCUGCUCCACGGCUGGCUGCUCAUACUCCUGCCACGGACGGUGAGGAUGGGGAGGAGGGUGAUGAGGUCCCUGGCGAAGCGCAGGUCACUGUCAAGCUUGUCGUGGCCAAGCAGACCACAAUCAAGACGUGGAUCGACAAUCAAGCUCAGAAGGAGUUGGACAUUGCCUGGGCGGAGGCAAUGUUCAGGGCUGGCAUUCCUUUCAACUUCCUAAGCUUCGACACCACGCAAGCUCUGCACGAAACAUACCUGAAGGUUGCAAGUGCAAGGCCAAAGGUCAAGUUGCCUUCCUACAAACACAUGCGGACUGUCAUGGUUGAUUACAUCUACCUGAAGGUGCAGAAAGCAAUCAACCCCAUGACUGCAUGUUGGGACACAACCGGCUGCACAUUCAUCACCGACGGGUCCACAGAUCGCAAGAACCGGCCGGUGAUGAAUUUCCUUGCAGCGGGGGAGAAAGGAGCAGUUCUGGUCACGACAGUGUUCAUGACGGGGAAGAAGAAGAACGCAGCAGCAUUGGCAAAGUUGUGGGAGCAGGUGAUGCGUGAGAUAGGGCUUCACCGGAUCAACGGGAUAUGUACAGACAAUGCAGACGUCAACAAGAAGGCGGCUCAGAUCUCAGAGAGGCGGACCGACAAAGAUGUCGCGAAGAUACCGUGGGUGCCAUGUGGAGCGCACUGUUGCAGUUUGUUGCUGAAGGACUUGAGCAAUUUGCCAUGGGUGAAGGACACGGUGAAGAAGGCAAACACGAUUGUCAAAUUCAUAAGGAACCACCACUCUACGCACGGCCUCAUGAUGACUAUCGACGACUCCUUGUCAUUGUUGCGCCCAACAGAGGUCCGGUUCGGGUCUGUGUAUCAGAUGUUGGGUAGGUUGGUGAACAGGGAGCACGUGCUGAACGAUAUGGUGGAUGGGAAUUAUGGUGCGAGAUGGAGGGCACUGAGGUGGUCCUCAGCAAAGCUGCAAAAGAAGGCCGACCUCGUCUAUUACUCGUUGAGGUGUGAGACUUGGUGGGAUAAGGUGAAAAAAAUUGUGGCCAUCAUGGAGCCGGUGUUCAGCCUGCUCAAGAGAAUGGACAAGGAAGGAGAGUCUCCCACCAACUUGUGGAAUUGGGGGACGUGGCAUUCACUGAAACACAUUGACAUGUGGGGGUAUCUGUAUGAGUUCUUGAGAAAGCCUGUGGAAGGUGAAGUCAAGAAAGAUAAGCAUAUGUGGACCCCUCUUGCUAGAACGGCAGCCACAGAACGUGCUCCGGCGGAUUGGUGGUCGUUGCAUGGUGGAGAUGUUCCGGAUUUGCAGGCGAUCGCCAUCAGAGUGCUGGGAAUGUGGAGCACAGCAACAUCUGCGAAGCGGAACUGGGCAUCGAUGGACUUUGUCCACUCAAAGAGGAGGAACAGCCUCUCACCGGCGUCCUUGGAGAAACUUGUGUACAUUCAUUGGAACAUGCAGUUGCUUCGUGUUCGAACGAGCAAGGACUAUAGCUACGUGGAUGUAUCGGGGUCCUUCUUCGAGCCAUUGAUGGAGCCGACAGAGGAGGACCAAUCUCUCGACGAUGGCACAACGGAGAAGACGGUGGACGAAGGGGAGGAGGAAAAGAGGCAAAARAGGCYGWAGAAGGCUCCGAAAGGACGGAUUCYCCRYGACCUSUUGGAUGAAGACUCAAGCGGGAGCAGCGAGCUUGAGGAUCUGAUAUGGAAGGGGAAAUGUUGGAAUGAGUCUACUUCGAAAGAGAGCAGUGGCGAGGAUGAUAUUGGUGAGGACUCCGACUUCGAGUUGGGGGCUGUGCCAGCGGUGCCAGCCACUGCUAACAUCGGUCGGAUGCGCGGGAGGCGAGAGGAGGCAGAGGUGCAGCCUUCAGAACCCGUCGAGAGAGUUGACACGGACAUCAAGUUCUUGAUGCACCGUAUCCCUGAUGGUGACCGUGAUGCAGACGAGGACGAAGCAGAUCGAACAAAGGCUAUGGCGAAUAGAGAUGCUACCCUUGUUCAUAUGCGGAUGCUUGAGGAGGAGGCUCGGUGUGCUGCUAUCCCCACCAGGAGGGAGAGAGAGAGACAAAGCAAACAGAUCAGCGAGUCGGAGGAGCAUCAGGAAGAAAAAGAUCAGCCGCAAGAAAAUGAAAAUAUGCAGCAAGAGGGAGAGGCGCCCCACGGAGAGCAGCCCCAGCAACACCAAGGGGAAAAAAAUCAGCAGCAGGAGGGAGUCGAGCUGCUGGAACAUGCCGAAGAGAAUAUGCAGCGACAAGGAGAGGAGCCGCAGCAACUGCCAGCCAUGGUGUAUGCACGAAGACCCCAGGCACAUGCACCGCAACAGCCUGCACCGCCAGAGAAACAGUCGGAACAACAGGAACAGGGCAGGGCGAAAGAGGAAAGCUCCGGUCGACGAACACCCCGAAAAGUCGCGCCGUGGUCGUGGGAGGCCCCGCAAGGCUAAGUCGGGGGAUGAUGCUGCAAAAAAAAAAAAAAAAAAGUAUCCCGGCAGGGCCCGCAA